AUAUACAUUGGCAUGAACCUAUAGACAUUGGUUUGUUUGAUAGACAAUUUUUAUGUGACAAGAAUAAAACCAUUUUAACCCAAUAACGCUUGCUGUACAUAUUAAUCCUGUCCUCAACAAAGAGCUUGAUCAUACACAAUAAUAAUCCAAUUAGUGAGUCACACUAUUGGUUUUCAGCGUAGUGUUUGUAAAUUUGGUCAGUGCGUGCUUGACUUGUGCUGCUAACAGCGGAUAGUGUCAGUAUUAUUGUCAGCUGUUAUGACGGUUAUACUUUGCUUGUUUACUGUCUCGAGUGAUUUGUGUUGCGCAGUUUGCUGAACUGCUGAGUGUUGCGGGAGAGGGAGACAGACAGACUACCGGGCGCGGCGCAGUCUCUAGACCGGUGCACUUCUUUAUAGCGCUUUGUUCUGAGAUAACGCAUAUCAAGAUACGAGAUAAGUGUCACUUCUAAUACUAUAGAAAUGGAAAAAGUUCAAUCUGAAGACAAGAAGGUUGGUAGCGAUGCCUCUCAAAACCAUACAAAUAAUUUGGAAGAAGAUCCAAACCAAGAUUCAAAGGAGCUUCUUGGAGUGGGAACCGUGGAUACAGUCUCAGACAAAAACAUUUUGUCCCAAUCAAAGGAAGAGCAAGAAUCCAGUGAGCAAGAAAUGGAAAAAGUUGUAUAUGAAGACAAGAAGGUUGAUAGCGACGACUCUCGAAACCAGACAAAUGAUAUGGUAGAACAGCCAAAACAAGAUUCAAACGAGCUUCUUGAAGUGAGAAACAGGGAUACAGUCUUAGACAAAAACAUUUUGCCCCAAUCAAUUGAAGUGCAAGAAUCCAAUCAGCAACGUACUAUGAGUCAGAGAGAAAUGAAUAUGCUAGAGAUACAGGAACUUAUUGCAAAACUAGAUGAAAAAAUACAGAUGAGAUCUCUUGAGACUCAACAAUGUAAGCAGCAAAUAACUGAAUCAAAACAGAAGCAACAACAACCACUUGUGCCUACUCAAGCUCAACCACAACUACGUACUCAUACUCAACCACAAGUGCAUACUCUACCAUUUGGGCCUACUCAAGCUCAAACAAUUGUGCCUAUUCAAGCUCAAACACUUGUGCCUACUCAAGCUCAAACACUUGUGCCUACUCAAGCUCAACCACAAGUACGUACUCAUGCUCAACCACAAGUGCAGCAACAUCCCAUCCGGCCAGACCAUGGACUCCCUCAACAUCCUUACCCACUGCAAGGCGGAAUUGGUCAGAAUUGGCAUCCAAAUCACAAUCCAUGGGUGACUGUGCCUCAAUCAGCCCAGGCUCAAGCGAAUGCUCCACCUCACUAUCCAGUUUUGGGAUAUCCGAGACAUUUCACGCCACCUAAUCCGUACUACUGGCCCAGCAUGCCAAACUAUGGCAUGAACCCUGCAACCUACAUGCCACCUGUAGAUCAUGGUGUGUGUUCUAAGAGACAAACAAAUUUGCUGAGAGACCUAACCGACGUGUUUGUGGGACUUGACAUUGAGCUUCAGAUGCAGGCACGGGCACCUUACCAAAACGCAGCGGUUGGACAUUAUCUGCAGUACGGUUCUCUGCAAUCUAAAAAAGAGCUCCCGACUUCCUCUGGGGACAAGAAGCUCCCAACACCAGAAGGCGAUGCAGCAGCUGCCAGACAGGAUGAUACAAAAUCAGCUGCUGCCAGACAAGAUGAUACAAAACCAGCUGAUGUGAAGGAACAGAUAAUUGCAAGAGAAAUAUUCAACGUAAUCAAGAAGUACAUGGAUCCUGACAACAACAACAACAACAACAGCAGCAGCAGCAGCAAGCCACUUGCUGAAUGUGACUCUCCUGACAAACAAGAACCCAACACUUCCUUGACGGCAGAGCAAACUAAGAAAGAUAAUAAAGUACAGUCACACAACCACAAAAAUGAUGAAGAUGAGGAGGAGGAUGAGAAACUGAUGGGGUUUGUGACUAAAACCUGUUAUGAAGAAUUAAACGCCAGAGUGGCAAGCCUUGGUACGGAAAAUCAAGAUUUAAAGACGUUGAUUACUAAGUUGACAUCGAGACUGGAUGCAAUCGAGUCGGCAAGUAUCAAGUCAGCUGCCUCUCAAGCAGAACUGAGUAAGAAGUUGGACAUUCUCGAUGUGGCAGCUAAGAAGAUUUCUCACUCCGAUGCUGAACUGAAAGAAAAAAUUGAAAAUCUUAACACAACUUGUUUCGAGUUAAUUAAGGUUAUCAGCGGUGUGGAAGAAAGGUUGAAAGCCUUAGAAUCUGGACAUGUCAACUCAAAACUGACCAUUAUAGGGUUUAAUGCAAGACUGGACACCAUGGAGAGGAUGAUGAUGCCGUGUCAUGACAAUACUUUGGAGAAUAAUCCUGGUGAGGUUAUGUGGAGAAGAGAUUGUUCAUGUUGUCAUCCGUGCUCACCAUCCUGUGAGGCAUGUGCACAAGAGGACAGCUGUUAUAACGGAUUACAAAUAGAUCCAAAUGCUGAUUUUAACCAAAAUACUGAUUGUAUUUUUGAACCUGCUGUAUCAAUCGCAAAAAUGACUGAUACAGACUCAAAAUUUGUUGUGUUCAACGAACCAACUCGUAGGAAUGGACAAAAUCCCACUUUUGAAUUUGAAGAAGAAGCAACAUCUGUUGUAGCAGAAGAACAAAUUUCAGCUUUUGAGGCAAAGCCAAUUUCUUCAAUUUGGGGAGAACCACUUCCUACUGUUGAAGAAGACGCUACUUGUGCUAAUGGAAAAGAAACAACUGAUGUCCCUACAGAGCCAACAAGCGGAAUGGAAUAUGAGGAUUGGAUCAAUGAAAAAUAUAAUAUCUGGUAUAAUUCUAUAAUCAACAAUUUUGAGGCUAAAGUGAAUAAGCCUGAUACAAAAGGUAGUUAAUUUUGGUUCAUUCUUUAGUUUAACUAGCAUUAUGAUUCUCUGUGAAUGUUGAUUAACUCCUUUUAACGUUCCGCUUACUGCUGCGUCUGGACUGAAGGGGAGGGUUAUCUAACAUUCACAUUGAAUCAACCCUUCCUACCAUAGCUGUAUUAUGAUUGUAUUGUACAGUAGGUUGUAUAAGAACCUGCUGUAGUGACUCUAAUCCUCCUGCUAUCCGUUAACUGGAAUUUAGUGAUGUUGUUUUACGACAUUAAACCUUUAAUUUUUCAUUUGGCGUUGAUUUUUCUAUAAUAAUAGCAAUAAGCCAUAUAAUAGUUUUUACGUUAAAUCUUCAAAAACUUUAUGUAGGCUUCAAAAUUUUGCACAAAGAAAUGUGUUUCUUUAUCUUUUUCCAAUGUUUUCCUUGUGCCCCAAGUGGUACCUAAAAAAUGUAUUUAUUUAAAUUAAGCAAUUGUGCGCCCGAUAGGAUACACGAUUGUAUGAGGUAUUUAUUUAAGCGCGGAAUCACACAACAAAUCACCAAGACAGGCAAACAAUAAAAAACGCAAUAAUGAAAUGUAUAUCAAUGUCAACCCAUCGGGCACACGACGGCAAUUGUAAAAGAUCGCGUUUACCCGAUGAGGUACGACGUUCACACAUCGUGAACGUUUUAAAACUGGCAAUAAAGUUCAUUAGAGUGUUAAUUGAAUGUCAGACAACAUUUGUGCUCCUUCAUUGUACUUGACGUGUUGUCUAUCUGAAACUGGUUGUCGUAGCAACCGAACAUCAUUUCACUGGUGCGUUUGAUGGCUUUUUCAGUGUGGGAAGGUUGGCAGUACAGUUUGUGAGAACUGGAGCAAGUUCUGUUCAUAUGUCGAAUUGCAUGUUUAUGUACAUCUUAGGCACGGCGCCGACUGCAACCGGCCGGCCCGGCCUUUUUGUGAAGUUGAAAUACACGCAAUCAAAUGGACACCCGCUCACUGUGUCCGGCCUGGCCCAGUCCAGCCCAGCCCG